AUGGGAGGACUCGCCUUUGUCCUUACUUUAUUAAAAAGGGAAUUCCCAGGUGUUCAUUCAAGCUCCUAUUUCGAAGUAAGCCUAUUGGUUUGGGGGUACGCGGAUUCGGGUUGCCUAAGUAGAGGGCAUGGAACUUUCCCUUGCGAUCUUGUCUUCCGGGCGCACGGAGAAGGCUUUCGCGGAAAUAGGCGAAUGCUAUGCCUAAAUAAUAUCAAGGCCCGGGCAUUCUUCCAAUGCAAUACCUUCUUCCUUUACUGCUUGACUUUGUUUGCCUAUCCACUGUUUGUUAAGGGCAUAGCCCUUUGUCUCCGCUCCGGUUCUAUUGACUCAGCUCUUUGGGAUAUCAUAGGAAAGAAUGAAGCGAGGGACGAAAGCAUCUUAGUGAAAGGAUAG